AGACGAACUUUAAGUUCGAAAAUAUCAACAUUUAUCUAGAGUAGACUUGUUCAGUGUUUUUCUUAUUUUUAUUUUUUCUAGUAAUAUUUCGUGUUGGUUUUUCAAUAAUUUUGAGAUUUUACCGAUUGAAUUUCAAAUUAAAGCCAUCAAUUCAGAGGAUACUUAGAUCAUGUGUUGUCGUCUCUACUCAAUAAUAACUUGUUAUUUGGUUUGUAAGAAUGAGUUAUUCUUCGAAAUUGGAUGUCGACAACGGUUCCUUGGUUAAGGACUCAUUGAAAGACAUUGAAGGAAAUAUCUUAAUGUUGACCAAUCUGCCAACUGAUAUUCUGUUACAUAUUUUUGCUAUUUGUGGACAAGACUGGUGGCCAGCGAUUGCCCAAGUCUGCCACAGAUUUUAUGCCAUUCUAGGACCAGAUAGUUUUCUGUGGGAACAGAUAGCUAAACAACUCCUGUUUGUCAAUCAGUCCUCAUCAAUUUUUCAGUUGAAGAUUCACACUUAUUUGUCUGCUCAACUCAGGUUCAGAGUUCACAAGCAUUGGGAAAAAGGGGUUUGCUUGGUCAAACCAAUUGCAUCCAUUCGUGAAAAGCAUGUACUUCCUUGGCUGGUACUUAACUCAGAUGUUCUUUGGGUUGGAACAGGAAAUCAUAUCAGAGCAUACCCUAGGGUCCCAGCAGCUGCAUUUCAUCACAAUAAACCAUUCUCAGGAAGAGUUAAACCAAAGCUGAACCUCUCCGGUUCAAGAGGAGACAUGGGUCGAUUUGUCGUCAAGGAUGACGGCGAAGAUGUAGUUGUGGCAGGCGACACAAAUGGAUCUGUUUUUGUUUGGAAGGCAUCUACAGGAAGAUUACAGUUUAAAGAAACCAAUUGCCACUCGUCUGAUGUUGCUUCUGUUAAAUUGUUCAAAAACGUGAUUGUGUCUGGAGGAAGAGACAAAUUCGUCAAGAUAUUUCGAUUUGACAACUCAAAUUCAGUAUUGAAUCAUAGUUGGAAAAAUCAGUGUGCAAUAGAAGAGAUUUAUUUAGAUGACAGAAUCUUGUCCCUUGAUAUCGAUCCUUCCGGUACGUUAUUUUGCACGGGGACUGCCGGACAUGGCGGUGUUCCACCAUCUCAUUUGUUUGAUUUGGCAACCGGUGCCUUAAUUUGUCCUUUGCGAGACAAUUUUCGAGACGGUGAAGGUGUUUACGACAUGCACUUUGAAUCCCCCAACGAGUUAUUGACGGGCGAUUUCAAUUCUGCAUUACGUCUUUGGGACUUGAGAACGCAAAGCAACGUCUCUGUGUGGGACGACCCUCAUGAUUCUGCCAUCAACUGUAUCGCAACCGACAACAAUAUGACCAUUUUGACUGGAACAGCCGCACAUGGAGGAGUUCGCCUUUGGGAUAAAAGACAAACCCGCUGUGUUCAGCUUUAUUUUGUCAAGCCGGAAUUGCGUUCGCCCGUGUAUUGCUUGGAUUUUGACUCAUCAGAAUUGUAUGUAGCCCUCGACAGCUCCGUUUUAGGUUUCGAUUUUAGUGGCGGCAUCCGUAAGCCAAUCAAAGAUUUGGUUGUUUACCCUUGUAACUAAUCGCAAAUUGAAACAAUUGUAUUUAAGAAUUUCAUCUUUAUCGUUUAUUUAUUCUACUAUUUAAGAUUGCCCAUGUUUAAAAAAACCUUCUAUUUUGUGAAGUUGUUUAUGAAUACUACAAUGUUUUUCUUUUUUUAAAUUAUGGAUGGUGUGAACAAGGGAAUUAAUAUGAAAACUGAAACGAAGAAUUCAUUAAAAGAGAUGCAUGUUGGCAAAA